AUGUCUCACCGUAAGUUUGAGCAUCCCAGACAUGGAUCCCUCGGUUUCCUGCCUAAGAAGCGUGCAUCUCGCCACAGAGGAAAAGGUGGCGCUGCUCACUCUUUAAUUAUCAGAUAGCAGAUUACCUCUUCUAUUCAAGUUAAUCUGAUUUCAGACGGUGAACAAUUGCCUGAUAAAAACUCUCGCCAUGCUUGUGACGCCUCUUUGAACUUCGUAUCUUGGAGUUUCCAUUAGUGGCCUGAGGCCUCAAUCUGAUCAAGUCGUACCAAAAAAAUAAAGUCAUUCAUUGUAAUUCCGUUGUGUUUCCGCUGUGAGCUGGUACUGGUAGUCUUUCGCGAGCAGACUGGAGAUGUAGUUAGUCCUUCCACCUUUUUUUUCUCCAUGUUGUAAAACCAUUAUCAGAUGUAUCAACGUCCGUUAUCCUGCUGUUCAAGAUGUUUUUCUCAGAAUGUGUCUAAUAUUCUUUUGGAUAAACAAGUUCUGUAGCUAUUGUUCAUUGUUCUUUUGACUUCUUGAUGCAGUGAAGGCCUUCCCCAGGGAUGACCCAUCUAAGCCGCCCAAGCUUACUGCUUUCCUUGGAUACAAGGCUGGAAUGACACACAUUGUGCGAGAGGUUGAGAAGCCCGGAUCAAGUGAGUUUCAUCCAUUACCACGACCUACCAUUGCUGUUGUCUCCUCAUGCUUCCGCCUAGUGAGAUGGCAUAUUUGCACAGUAUUUCCUACAUUCUUAAUCUGCUGUUUCUCUGGAUGCUUUCUUUUCUACUUUCAAUAGCUAUUGGAAAUAUCUUGGAGGGUCUGCAUUUUUAUUUUAAUCGGUGGAUAAUUCCAUGCAGAGCUUCACAAGAAGGAAACUUGUGAGGCCGUGACAAUCAUUGAGACCCCUCCAAUGGUCAUUGUCGGUGUGGUAGCAUAUGUGAAGACGCCUCGUGGGCUUAGGACACUCAACACCGUGUGGGCUCAGCAUCUCAGUGAGGAGGUGAGGAGGAGGUUCUACAAGAACUGGUACAGAUCCAAGAAGAAGGCCUUCACCAAGUAUUCAAAGAAAUAUGAGACCGACGACGGAAAGAAAGACAUCGAGGCCCAGCUGGAGAAAAUGAAGAAAUAUGCUUCUGUCAUCCGCGUUCUUGCCCACACUCAGGUUCAGAAAAAAGAACCCCUCGUCCUCGUUCUCUCUUCUCCAUUUUUUUUAAUCUGAUAAUAAUUCCCAUAAGAUUGGCCGUUUAUUUUUGUGCUUAAUUCAGAUAAGGAAGAUGAAGGGCUUGAAGCAGAAGAAGGCCCACCUGAUGGAGAUCCAGGUCAACGGGGGGACUGUCGCAGAGAAGGUGGACUACGCCUACAGCUUCUUCGAGAAGCAGGUCCCAGUGGACGCCCUCUUCCAGAAGGAUGAGAUGAUCGACGUGAUCGGCGUCACCAAAGGAAAAGGCUACGAAGGUGUGGUGACCCGAUGGGGCGUCACCCGCCUGCCUCGGAAGACCCACCGAGGGCUGCGCAAGGUCGCCUGUAUUGGCGCGUGGCACCCUGCCAGGGUCUCCUUCACUGUCGCCCGAGCCGGGCAGAAUGGCUACCACCACCGCACCGAGCUCAACAAGAAGAUCUACAAGCUAGGCAAGUCCGGCGACGAGUCCCACACCGCCAUCACGGACUUCGACAGGUCUGACUCUCCAUCACUACCCUUCAAUCCGCUAAAUAACUAAAAUUCUCCCUACCACCCAAUGUCAUCAUAUCAUAUGAGACCAUAUCAAAUUGAUGUGUUUUAUUAUAUCUGCUGUAAGAAGUUCACCAUACCAUAUCAUAUCAUUUCAAAUUGAUUUAUUUUAUUAUAUCAGCAGUAGAAGCAACCCAAGCAAGUAGCAAGUAUAUAGUUCAUUAUAUCACAUCAAAAUUGAUGUAUUUUAUUAUAUCAGCAUUAGAAGCAGCAAGCAGCAGCAGCAAGUAUAGUUCAUCACAUCAGAUCAGAUCAGAUCAAAUUGAUGUAUUUUUGUUGUGACCUUGCAGGACUGAGAAGGAUAUCACCCCGAUGGGUGGGUUCCCCCACUACGGAGUGGUGAAGGACGACUACCUGCUGAUCAAGGGCUGCUGCGUGGGUCCAAAGAAGAGGGUGGUCACCCUCCGCCAGUCCCUCCUGAGGCAGACCUCCCGGGUUGCCCUGGAGGAGAUCAAGCUCAAGUUCAUCGACACCUCUUCCAAGUUCGGCCAUGGCCGCUUCCAGACCACCGAGGAGAAGCAGAAGUUCUACGGAAGGCUCAAGGCCUAA